CUUCCCACCCAUCCACCUGAGUACCGACCAUUCCCCGAUUUUCUUAACCCCCUUAUCCAGAAAAUGGACGCGGAACGAUUCCAGAUGGUGCGGCAGCGAGUGCGCGCGCGGGUGAAGAAGACCGCAGUUGUCCACCACGACCUGACGCGCAUCUUCAACGCAACCAAAAACUUCAGCCGUACAGCUCUUACCAACGGCGAUUUGGAAUCCCUGGGGAUCAAACUUUCCCACCUGGACCUGGAAGGGGACCCCCAUGGGGGUCAUCAAACCUUUUACCAACCACUGCCCAAGUCGGAGUUGCCCGCGAUUGACUGGGGAAGCAUAGAAUUUUCGAACUGGACGGAGGGAGACAGUGAUGAGGUCCACCGGGUGGAAUAUACCCUCCAGCAUGUGUCGAAUGAAGUUUGGUGUUCCUGGCUGGUGGAUGACAAGCAGGUCUCCUGGGUUCAGCAGGGGUGCUACCAUGAAGAACCUCGCGUCGCCAGUGGCGAGCAUACCCCCGAUGUUCCCUAUGAAUGGCAGACCUGUGCCGAGUUUGAAGCCAGCUCCAUCGACAUUCCGCACUGCGGCUUCCGGCUGUACCAUUACGCCCAGCCGGAGGAGCCUCUGCGUCGCAGUGAGGUUCUGCCGAUUGUCGGGUACAUGAGAUGGAGACUGACCCAGUUUGACUAUAUCCGUCACUACACCUUCCCCGUCGUGGUCAUUUCCAUCUUCCGAUCCAAAGUGCGGAUCCUGCACGCGUAUCACGAUGGAAACCACCUGCACAUCUCCAAGAGCCAUUUCGUGGACUUCAAAGAAAAUAAGCGUGGGAAUUAUGAGCUGCUGGUCCGUUGGAUCCACGGGGUGCCCUGUGGCGACACCACGGCCCCUCUGUCCAUCGAAGGCGAAGAAUUGGAUGAAUCCACCUCCAAAGUCAUCGACCACACCUUGAAGCGGUUUCUCAGAAAGAGCAGAGCUCAAGGUUGAUGCAUCGGUGGAGGGUAGAGUCUUUGAAUAAGGCUCGGAGAUGUCAAUGCGAGUAGUUGUUGGUUCUGUUAUUUCUUGCCGGCAGUAUACUGUACGCAUCAGCUUAGCUAGAGUACGGAUGGCCCUGUGACAGAUCUUUUGAGAAUAGCUCAAGUGCCGGAGAAUAUUAAAUGGAAGCAUAAGGC